ACCACAUACUGACGAUCGAUCGCACACUGACCACCAUAGUGGUCACUCUUCGACCAGCUGGUACGUAAGCAAUGGCGGCCGGAAUCCAACAGCAGGACGCAGCCGAGGACAUUGUGAUUGCCGGCGCCGGUCUGGCCGGCCUCGCCGUCGCUCUGGGACUCCACAGGAAGGGCGUUCGGAGCGUGGUGCUAGAGUCGUCGCCGGAGCGCCGCACGUCCGGCUUCGCCUUCUUCACAUGGACCAACGCCUUCCGCGCCCUUGACGCCCUCGGGGUCGGGGACAAGAUGAGGGGCAGACAUCUGCAGCUGCAGGGGUUGCGGGUCAUGACUUCGUCUACGGGUGAAAUUGCGCGAGAAAUGGAUCUCCGGGUGAACGGAAAACUGGGACCCCAUGAAGUCCGGUGCGUGCAGCGUAACGUGCUGCUCCAGGCUCUGGAGGAAGAGCUGCCGCCAGGCACCGUCCGCUACUCCUCCAAGAUCGUCUCCAUCGACGACCAGGACGGCGCCAAGAUCCUCCAUAUCGCCGACGGCUCGACUCUCCGAGCAAAGGUGCUGAUCGGUUGCGACGGGAUCAACUCGGUGGUUGCGAAAUGGCUUGGGCUCGCAAAGCCGUCCGAGUCCGGGCGCACGGCCACGCGGGGAUACGCCAAGUACCCCGAAGGCCACGGCUUCGAGCCCAAGAUCCUGCAGUUCGUCGGCGAAGGCUUCCGCGCCGGCUUGGUGCCCUGGAGCGACACCGACGUCUACUGGUUCUUCACCUGGUCUCCUGCUCCUUCCCCAGACGCCAACGGAAAGGACGACGACGCCGUCGACCGGAGCGCCGCCGCGAUGAAGCAGUUCGUGCUGACCAAAAUGACGGGCGCCAAGGUGAGCCCCGAGGUGCUGGAGGCCGUGGAGAGGAGCGAGAUGAGCGACGUGCUCGCCGCACCGCUGCGGUUCCGCUCCCCGCUCUCGCUCCUGUUCGCCAGCAUCAGCAAGGGGAACGUGUGCGUCGCCGGCGACGCGCUCCACCCGACGACGCCGGACCUGGCGCAGGGCGCGUGCACGGCGCUCGAGGACGGCGUCGUCCUCGCCCGGUGCCUCGGCGACGCCAUCGUAGGUGCCGGCUCCGGGGAGCAGAAGGAGAGGGUCGUGGCUGCCCUGCGCAGGUACGCUGGCAUCCGGCGGUGGAGGAGCGCACAGGUGAUCGCGGUGUCGUACGCGGUGGGGUUCGUGCAGGAGAGCGACCACUCCGUGGUGAGCUUCGUGCGGGACAUGCUGCUGUCCGGGGUGCUCGCCAAGACGCUGCUCAUGAUGCCGGACUACGAUUGCGGCAAGCUCUGAAGUAUAUGUACUGUCUUUCUUUGUCACAUUACGCUAGUCUGAUCAUGCCUUGUGACUAAAAUCGACGUACACUAAAAUCAACCAGACACGUACGAAGUACACCACAUUACGAUGAAGUAGCAUCCUCACGCCCUCUUUCUAUGUAAAGUGUUUACAUGUAUUUCAAGUUUUUUUUUAAGUUU